AUGGCUGGAAGUAAUGAAGUCAACCUUAAUGAAUCUAAGAGUGUUGUUCCUCUUAAUACUUGGGUGCUUAUCUCCAAUUUCAAGCUAGCUUACAAUCUUCUAAGACGAGCGGAUGGAACAUUCAAUAGAGAGUUGGCUGAGUUUCUCGACCGCAAGGUCCCGGCCAAUACGAUUCCUGUUGACGGAGUAUUUUCUUUCGAUCAUGUUGAUCGGAAUACAGGACUUUUUAGUAGGGUUUAUCAACCUGCUCCUGAGAAUGUUACUACUUGGGGCAUUAUAGAGCUAGAAAAGCCUUUGAGCACAACUGAGAUUGUCCCUGUCAUAAUUUUCUUCCAUGGUGGAAGCUUCUCUCAUUCCUCAGCUAAUAGUGCUAUCUACGACACUUUCUGCCGUCGCCUUGUGAGCAUGUGUAAGGCUGUUGUUGUUUCUGUAAACUACCGAAGAUCGCCCGAGCAUCGGUUCCCAUGUGCUUAUGAAGACGGUUGGAAUGCUCUUAAUUGGGUUAAAUCAAGGACAUGGCUUCAAAGUGGAAAAGAUUCUAAGGUUUAUGUCUAUAUGGCAGGGGAUAGUUCCGGUGGUAACAUUGCUCAUCAUGUCGCGGUGAGAGCUGCCGAGGAAGAUGUCGAGGUACUAGGUAACAUUCUUCUCCAUCCGCUCUUUGGCGGGGAGAAGCGUACGGAAUCAGAGAAGAAACUGGACGGAAAGUAUUUCGUGAGGUUGCAAGAUCGCGAUUGGUAUUGGAGAGCUUUUCUACCAGAAGGAGAAGAUAGAGACCAUCCCGCUUGCAAUCCUUUUGGACCCAAUGGUAAAAGCCUUGAAGGACUAAAGUUCGCUAAAAGCCUUGUUUGUGUGGCUGGUUUGGAUCUUCUACAAGAUUGGCAAUUGGAAUAUGUCGAAGGUCUCAAGAAUUAUGACCAAGAUGUUAAACUUCUUUACCUAAAGGAAGCCACCAUAGGUUUCUACUUCUUGCCUAAUAAUGAUCAUUUCUAUUGCCUCAUGAACGAGAUAAACACCUUCGUGCAUUCUAACUGUUGA